AGCUCAGUUGUGUGCUUAACUGAUUGAUGGAUAGCCGCCAUUGCGGCUGUGUAGGAGUGUAGUGUUGUGAAUUGUGGCCCCCCGAAAGUCCGCGAACGCGAGUCCUAUCUUUUCCGACUACAGAAGCCCCCGGUGGUUGAGUAAGCUGCAAUGCAAGCAACGGUCUCGGAGGGCAACGGUCAGGGACCCAACAGCAGCAGUACCGGCACCGGCACCACCAACAACCACUGCACGUCGCCGAAACUUCCGCCACCUGGCUCGUGGGCCUCGCUCAAGACCAACGUGCUAAGAUGGCGCGGCUCGCGGAAACUGGUGCUCGUCAUCGUCGCCAUCGCACUCCUGCUCGACAAUAUGCUGCUGACCGUCGUUGUGCCAAUCAUUCCCGAGUUUCUUUACGACAUCAGACACCCGGAUGCACCGUUGGCCAGCUUCCCGAAAACGCCACCGCCCACUCUGUCACCGUGCGAGAAGGAAACGACUACCCCGUACAAUGGAAUCGACAUCACCACCCAGGACAAUGCCAGCUGGUACGCGGAACGGGAGGAACGGCAUAAGGAGCUGGUGGAGGAAACGGUCGAGGUUGGGCUUAUGUUUGCGUCGAAGGCGUUCGUUCAACUGCUGGCCAACCCUAUCGUUGGACCGCUGACGCACAAAAUAGGCUACAGCAUACCGAUGUUUGCCGGGUUCGUCAUUAUGUUUAUAUCCACUCUGAUCUUCGCAUUCGGAAGAACGUACUCGGUGCUGUUUUUGGCCAGAGCGUUGCAGGGGAUCGGUUCGUCCUGUUCGUCGGUGUCCGGCAUGGGUAUGCUUGCGGACCGGUACACGGACGACAAGGAGCGUGGUAACGCGAUGGGUAUCGCACUCGGUGGACUGGCCCUGGGCGUACUGAUCGGUCCCCCGUUCGGUGGCAUCAUGUACGAGUUUGUGGGCAAAUCGGCCCCCUUCCUCGUGCUGUCGGCACUCGCCCUCGGCGAUGGACUGUUGCAGCUGAUCAUGCUGCAGCCCUCGGUCGUGAUCGAAGAGUCGGACCCGCCGUCCUUGAAGGCGCUGGUGACCGAUCCGUACAUCAUCAUCGCGGCCGGAGCCAUCACCUUCGCCAACAUGGGCAUCGCGAUGCUGGAACCCUCGCUGCCGAUCUGGAUGAUGGACAACAUGGGCGCAAGCCGGUGGGAACAGGGCGUCACCUUUCUCCCCGCCUCCAUUAGCUAUCUGAUCGGGACGAACCUGUUCGGUCCUCUGGGACACCGGAUCGGGCGCUGGCUUGCCGCUCUGCUCGGGCUGGUCAUCAUCGGUCUCUGCUUGCUCUGCAUUCCGAUGGCCACUUCAAUCAACCACCUGAUCCUGCCGAAUGCUGGCCUUGGCUUCGCCAUCGGCAUGGUGGACUCCUGCAUGAUGCCCGAGCUCGGUUACCUCGUGGACAUUCGCCACUCGGCCGUGUACGGCAGUGUGUACGCCAUCGGCGACGUAGCGUUCUGUCUGGGCUUUGCGAUUGGGCCCGCUCUAAGCGGCACCUUGGUAAACACCAUCGGUUUCGAGUGGAUGCUGGUGGGUAUUGCGAUCCUUUGCUUCGCCUACGCCCCACUGCUGACGUUCCUCCGGGCGCCACCGACCAAAGAGGAAAAGAAGUCACUCAUUGUUGGCGAACGGUCAUCGGUGCGGUACGUUACCUACCAAAACGAAGAGGACGACGAAUAA